CACACACACAGCCGUCCUGUUUCUUUGUCUUAUCUGCUCGGUGGUCGGAUCAUGGAUGCCCGGCUGCUCUGCAGCACUCUGCUGCUGUCCGUCACACGAGCCCUCAGCUCUGCAGAAGACGGUUGGUUUGUGAAGGUUCAGCCGGAGGUACGAGGCAUCGAGGGUUACCCGGUGGUGCUGCCGUGCACCUUCGGCCAUCCGCAGCACUCCCAGCAUUCCUCCCUGCAGGUCGUGUGGCGUCUGGGCCACGGGCAGGGAGCCACCGUCCUGUACCGCUGCACCAGCCGGUCCGGAGCCCCCACCUGUGAGCCGGGGCCGAAGCAGGACCAGCGCUAUCGGCUGGAGGGAAACCCGAGGGAGCACGACCUGUCGCUGCGCAUCAGUAACACCAUCCUGCAGGAUAAUGGACGCUACUACUGCCGAGUGGAGGUUCAAGGACGAGAACACAUCAGCUUCGAGGACAAGAUGGGGACCAGACUGAGAGUGGAAGCUCCUCCAAAGAUCCUGGGCCUGUCGGUGGAGGGCACUGAGCAGUCCGGGUACAGAGCUCUGUGUCGGGUCCAGGGCUCCCCGCUGCCAGAUGUCCAGUGGCUCGGCCCAGACGACCUGCUGGAGGGGUCUCUGCUCAGGCCGCUGGCUCAAGGCUCCACCGGCCACUACCACACCGUCAGCCAGCUGAGAGACGUGGAGCCAGGCCAACAGUACACCUGCAGCGCCUCCAACCCACUGGGUAAAGAGCAGGCCACCCUGUAUGUCCUGCCCCCCCAGCCCCCUCUCUCUCUGGCCGGGGCUUCACCUCCUCUCCUGCUCCUCCUGUCGGUGUCUCUGGGGGCAAAAGUCCUCCUGCUGGUGGGGAUGGGGGUGUGGAUGGUGCAGGGCGGAGCUCUGCAGGGGCUCAGCUGCUGGAGGAAAUGA